AAUGGAUCAAUCAAUCACAACGGUAUCACCAGCGACACCACUUGACGUGCUGAACAGAAGUGAUCACAACGUCCUUCUAAAUCCUUCCAGUAGCAAACUGCCACCAGCUAAUCCACUGGCAGCCCUCACAUCCUUCUUAACGCUACUGGCCCAGAAGGCGUUACUGAGAGUCCUCAGCGCAGCACCUUGCAAUGGAACCAUUUGGCCCUGUCAGGCAGGAAUAAGUGACAACACAUCCAGUGCGACGCCUCUCGAUCAUCUCGAACACGUCGAUUACGACAGUGACGUCGAUACUAGGACAGUCGAAGAAGUCCUAGCCAUCGCCGUGCCCAUCCUUUUUGGUGCCAUCGCGGUGAUCGGCUUCUUUGGCAACGCCCUGGUUGUUCUUGUGGUGCUCUGUGACCCGCAAAUGCGAUCCACCACUAACAACCUCAUCAUCAACCUCGCGAUGGCUGACCUGCUCUUCAUCGUCUUCUGCGUCCCCUUCACCGGAUGGGACUACACCCUCAACUACUGGCCGUUCGGUGAUGCCUGGUGUCGCAUUGUCCAGUACCUCGUGAUCGUGUGCGCGUACGCGAGCAUCUACACACUGGUGCUCAUGUCUCUUGACCGGUUCCUCGCGGUCGUCCAUCCGAUCACUUCCAUGUCUAUCAGAACGGAACGAAACGCCAACCUCGCCAUUCUCUUCACCUGGGUCGUCAUCCUCGCCGCCUGCGUUCCUGCUCUCUUCGCUCACGGGGUCGUGCUCAUCGAGGAGAACUACUCGGCCUGCACCUUCAGGACCGACAUGGGCUACAACAUAGCAGCCUUCCAGAUAUCGUUCUUCAUGUCCUCCUUCGUCGUCCCAUUGGCCAUCGUGUUCGUGCUGUACCUCCUGAUGUUGAAGAGGCUCUGGCUUGCAGCCGCACCUGGAGGCCGCAUCAGCGCCGAGAGCAUGCGCUCCAAGAAGCGCGUCACUCGUCUCGUCGUGGUCGUCGUGGUUGUGUUCGCGUUGUGCUGGUGUCCCGUGCAGGUGGUGCUGGUGCUCAAGAGCGUCGACUUGUACGGGCGGACCAUGAACGCGCCACGCAUCGUCGUCCAGAUCGCCUCACAGAUACUUGCCUACACCAACUCCUGCGUGAAUCCGUUCCUGUACGCCUUCCUCUCAGACAACUUCCGCAAGAGCUUCCGUAAGGUCAUCUGCUGUGGCCGCAAGACGCCAUAUGCACGUGGUUCUUCGGGCAAGGGCAGAUCGCGCACCGUCGCGAUGCGGAAAGGAACGAGGAAGGAGAGCUCGGCAGCGUGUGUCACGAAACUUACCAAGGUGUCCAAUGACAUACUGUGAACGCUCGAAGAAGGUUUGCUGAUAGACAGGACAUUCAAUCAAUCGUUGUUCGUUACUGUGUGGGCUUAUUCGACUUUAGUAUUACCGUCUCAAGAGGAGGGAAAACGAAAAGGCCUGCAAAGAACUCGAUUCACGGGAGUCAUUGGUGCGCGUCUGUCGACAAAGUAUUGAGGGCAUCUAGUGCGCCAUGUUCUUUGCGCAGCCCGCUCUUGAAUUUUGCUUGAAAAUCUACAGGAUGAUCAACACCAGCAGCCAUAACUUCAAAAACCCGCGAACACACUAUCACUUUGAACACAGGGAAAUGGAAGCACAAUAUUCUACUCAACAGUUACUUUAUAUUUAAGUUUUCUUUUUGAACUUGCUGUCUUGCCUUGUGAAGUUCUACUUCGAAGACAUCUUCACGGGAAAAAAUGAUCGUAAAUGUUGAAUGAUCAUGACACCAAGUGAAUAUGUGACCAGCGUGGGCCAUCAGUUAUGUAGGUUAAUGGCGUACUUAUCGAAAGAAUUAACCAUCGCCUUGUAAAAUCAAUAAGCAAUUCUUAGUUUAUUGAAUGUCAUUUCGGUUCUAUGCAGUGGCAAUCCUUGUUUUGUGAAACGCGCCGGCAAACAGCAUGCAAGUUUACCGCAAAUAACACAGUUAUAGCAUUAUCGCAGCUUACACGUCACCAAUAAUUGUGUUAGUGAAGAGUGCUCAAAAGGAUUGCAGUACAGUCUUGUCGCGAUGAUAUUCAAAAAGGUAUCGCUCAGUGAGAUUGGUGCUUGCGCGUAGGAGACCAAAUACGGCAGGGUGGAAUAUAUAAGUAAGAACUGGUGGUAGUAUUUGGUGCAAAAAAAGUAAUGUCUAACCAACUCUACAAAAUUAAAAGCAGUAUUUUCAUUUGCCGAUCAUUCAAGGUUCAAAAAGAAGGAAUAGACCUAACGGUAAGCACUAGUUCGAAAGAGGAACCCAUCUAAAAUUUUUUCUGGCUCUAUCAUGUUUCCUUGGUGCCACGGUUUUAAAGAGCAUCACCUUAUUGUAGAAAUGACUACCCCUCAGAAAGCCCAACAGGGUGGUUCAUUAAACAAUGUUUUAUGCGCUGAAUCAAAUAUAUAAAGUCAUGUUGAUGCUCAUGCAAAAUGUGAACGCAGAUGACAAAACAGACAGGCAAGCUUGUUUGUCGUCAUUGCUAACUGAAUUCUGCAGCGCAAAGCGUCUAUUCAAUUCAUCUUGUAUCUGUGCUGUAAAAUUCAAUUCUUCAUGAGGUGAACGCUGAACAAGGAUAUUGUUACUGCUACAACUUACCACAUUUUCUUUUGAAAGGUAGAAUCCUUGCAACUCCUGCUACCACAGUUGUUGUCAUAGUUGUUUUGCUGCAUUUAAAAAUAGAAAAGAAACAUGAACCACAUAAAGCCUACAGUAGUCUUAAGCCCUUGCUGUUAGAAUGAUUGACUAUACCGGAUAAGUUUGAAAAAGGGCACUGGCGUAGUAAAACUUACAGGACACUAGCGUACUUUCGGGGUAAGCUGCUGUACAGCAGCAGUUUCCGUCCUUGAACCUCCUCUGCAUCACUGCUUCAUGCAACAUUUCAUGCUUCUCACCGAGAAUAGAGGGUUGUUGA